GCACUUUAAAGUGCCAAGACGAGCGACGCUUGUGAACGCUAUUAGCGAAAAAAUAUUCAAGACGAACGCACCUAUUAUGUCUAUAGGUUCUUUUUAGCUGUACUGCUGAACUGGUGCAAUAAGUUAAAGUGAGACAAGUAUAUGUUUUCUCACUCUAACUUAUUGCACCAGUUUAGGGGGUCGAUUUGUAUCUUAAAACGGAAUGAAAAUGACAAAAGUGAGCAAAUUUACUAGAAUAUUUCUAACUUUAUUGGUCAAUGCUUAGUGAAUUUGCUCACUUUGGUCAUUUUCACUCCGAUUCGAGAUACACAAUCGAUCCUCAGCAGUCAGCUGAAAAAAAACAGACCACUUGAAAGGAAGUUGCAAUAACGAGAAAUAACGAGUUGAUAGUUUACAGUGAAGUAAAAUGGACUUUUGACGCAGUUUUAAGAUUUAAUAUGAAGAUGGAACCUCCGCAAGAAUUUCCAUUUCCUUUCCCAGCAUAUGAAAUUCAAAAGCAAUUUAUGAGAGAACUCUAUAACUGUUUAGAAGGUGGCAAAUUAGGUCUCUUUGAAAGCCCUACUGGUACUGGAAAGUCUUUAUCUGUCAUUUGUGGUGCACUGAAAUGGCUGGUAGAUAAUCAAAAACACAAAAAACAGGAAUUAACUUCUGCAAUUGCAGAGAUUGAUAAUAAAAUAAAGAAUUGUGAAAAGCUAUCUGAUGAUUGGUUUUCAGUACAAACAGAACAGAUACAGCUAAAUGCUGAAAAACAGAUAUUCCAAGCUAAAUUAAAUGCGAUCCUUGAGUUUGAGGGUGAGAGAGACAAAUUAAAGAAAAUAAUGGAAUCAAAUAAAGCUGCAAAGACUAAAGCAACUCAAAAAAUAAAACAGCAAUAUAGAAGUUUGCUGAAGAAAUCCAUAGAUCAAGAUAAAAUGGAAGAAGUAGGUUUUGGUGUUUGUGAUACCGAAAAGGAUCUUAUACUUGACGAUCUAUUGUCAAACUCGGAAAGUUCUGAGGAUGAGAAUAAGGAGAAGCCAAUAUUUAAGAAUACAAAGAUCUUCUUUUGUUCCAGAACACAUUCACAGUUGACCCAAUUUGUACAUGAGUUACAAAGAUCUCCUUAUUCUGAGGAUAUUUCUGUGGUACCACUAUCAUCAAGGCAAAACUACUGUAUCAACAAAAGUGUCAAGAAAUUAAAACAUGUAAAUUUGAUUAAUGAGACCUGUCUUCAAUUGCAAAGGAAGAAGACUACUGCUAAGAAGGAAAAAGAUCUGAAGAGAUCGAAAACUACAAAUGGCUGUCCUUUUAUACCAGGUGACCAGAAAUUGUUGAUGGCUGAAAUACUAACAAAUAUUCAAGAUAUCGAAGAAAUUAUGCAGAAAGGCCAGCAAAACAAUACUUGUCCAUAUUAUGGCUCAAGAAAAUCUAUACAGAAUAGUCAGUUGAUAUUGGUCCCAUAUAAUUCUAUUUUACACAAAAACACCAGAGUCAAUUUAGGAAUAGACCUGAAAGAAAAUAUUUUAAUCAUAGAUGAAGCUCAUAAUUUACUGGAUGCUAUUGAAGAAAUGCACAGUUCUGUCAUUACAGGAAGAAAUUUAUUCCAUUGCUACAGUCAACUAUCUCAAUAUCAAAAAAAGUUUGAAUCUCUAUUCUCAGCUAAGAGUGUGCUGUAUUUAAACCAGCUAAGUUUUUGUUUGAAGAAGUUUUUAAUUCUCUUUGGAGCAACAACAAAAUCUCAUCCUAAUGAUGAAGUCAAUAAGACGAUAGUACCCAAAUUAUACAAUAUAGAGGAAUUCGAGCUACUUACGGAGAUUGAUACAGUCAACAUAUUCAAGCUCUUAGAAUUUGUGAAAGUUUCGAAACUCGUUCAUAAACUUCAAGGAUUUGUUGAGCAAUAUGGUAACAGUAUACAAAUCAAUGAACAGAGUACGACCAACUCUGGAAUGACAGAAUUUUUAAAUUCCAUAAAAAAUAAAGAUAUACCGACUCAAGAAGCUGCUAGUGUCAUGGACACACCAAAUAACAAUGAAGAGCCAACAAGCAAUUCCUUGAUGGCAAUCUUGAGCUUCUUGGAAUCCUUGAAGAGCAGCUGUUUAGAUGGCAGAAUAUAUGUUUUACCUGGCGUCACUAUUGGACAAGGAAUUAUAAAAUUUUUAUUGUUAAAUCCUGCGGCACAUUUUCAUAAUAUUGAAGAUGCCAGAUCUGUGGUACUAGCUGGUGGCACAAUGGAGCCAAUGUCUGAAUUUAUAGAUCAGCUAUUUCUGAUGGCGGGCGCUACAACAGAUAGAAUAGUAACGUUUUCGUGCGAUCACGUGAUUCCUAAAGAAAAUAUUAUAUCCAAUGUUGUAAUGCGUGGUCCUACUGGAGUUGAAUUUGAAUUUAGCUUUCAUAAUCGUCAAAAUAUAAAAUUGCUGGAUGAAUUGGGUAGAACUCUGUUAAAUUUAUGUAACAUUGUUCCAGCUGGAGUCGUAGUAUUUUUUCCAUCUUACAAAUUUGAGGAUACAGUGUUUAAGCAUUUAGAUAAAUCCGGCAUCAUAUCAAAAAUUUCUUUAAAAAAGUAUAUCUAUCGUGAACCAAAAUUGGCAUCACAGGUGAGUGUAAUAUUGGAUCAAUAUGCACAUUCCAUUAAAAAUUCGCAAACUCCACGCAAUGGAUCAUUGCUGUUCAGUGUAGUUGGUGGCAAAUUGAGUGAAGGUUUAAAUUUUUCCGAUGAUUUGGGUCGAUGUGUCAUAGUAGUUGGUUUGCCAUAUCCUAAUAUUAAGUCACUAGAAUUGCAAGAAAAGAUGAAAUAUUUAAACGAAAACGUGAAACCAGACGCCGGGAGUAAAUUUUAUGAAAAUUCUUGUAUGAAAGCAGUAAACCAAUGUAUCGGCCGAUCCGUACGUCACAUAAAUGAUUAUUCGACAGUUGUGUUGUUAGACAAACGUUACUGUCAUAAAAUAAAAGCACUACCACAGUGGAUUCAACGUUCCGUGACGAUCAACGAGUCAUUUGGAUCUGUAAUUAGUAACAUCGCAAAAUUUUUUGCAGUAAAAAAGUUAAAUAAGUUUGAUCUUUAAACUAUAGUUCUGUAUUGUUAUGUAAAUUUAAGAAAUAACUAAAUUAUGAAAAUUUGCUCCAUAAACUUAUGAAUUACUUUUGUAAUAAAAUUAAUCAUAAAAAUCGAAUAAAAUAUAUUUUUACUUAAAA